CAGAAAACGAAGGCAUCGUCAAAAAAAAAAAAAAAAAAAGCGAUAGAAAUAUACUGGGUUGGGGGUCAUUGAGUCUGUGACGCCUAAUCUGCCUUAGCAUUGUCGCUCACUUGGAGAAGGUAACCAAAACAAGCGGGGGAGACUCGGUGAGAUGUGACCGCUAUUCGGUUAUCUUCAAUGCGGUCGGGAGUCGGUCGUUGCAGCCUGCUCGUUACGUUGAUGCAGCAGCGCACGGCUGAGGGGUUAAAAUCCACCACCGGAUCUCGAAAGACAAUAGGUGAAAAUAUACGGCCGGCCUGGACUCCCAAGACUACACUAGACGAGGGUCUGAAUCCGAUUCGGCUUCGCACUAGUGUCUGUGUCAGGAAACUGGUUAAGGAGUGAAGUGACAGCCGGCAGGUCGCUGGAUCGGGAUGGCGGCCGUAGUGAACUACUCCCCGCCUUGGUGGGUGAAUCUGCUCCAUCGGUUGCCUCAUUUCAACAUUGAAUUCCAGGUCGUGAGCAGUGAUUUCAGACCAGAAGACUCUGAGUAUCAGAAGUCCAUUUUGCUGCUGGGUGCUGUGGCUGUGCUGUGUCUGGGAUUGGACCUCCUCUUCCUCCUCUUUUACUCUUUCUGGCUUUGCUGCCGGCGACGCAAGAGUGAAGACUCUUCGCAUUCCCAUUCGCACUCCCAGCAGCCCAGUGCCGACUGCUGCUGCACCGCCUGGUGUGUUAUCAUUGCCACGCUCGUCUGCAGUGCUGGUAUUGCUGUGGGAUUCUAUGGAAACGGGGAGUCAAGUGAUGGAGCCAAUCGUUUGGCGUACUCCCUCCGUCAUGCCAACCGCACAGUAUCUGGGGUGGAGAAACUGGUGACAGACAGCGCCCUAGCCUUAAACCAGACAGUGGAGGAGAACCUGGUCGAGUUAGAAACAGCCUUCCAGGAGCAGACAGAUUAUGUUUCUAUAGUCCAAAAGCUGCAGGGACAGCUGGACGAGCUGGUGAAGCUGAUGAGGGAUAUCCCCUUCUGGUCCAAUACUGACAUCUCACUGGAGGACCUGGCUCGCAAGACGGAGGCUUUUGAUUUUUACAGGUGGUUGGGGUAUCUUAGCCUGCUGCUGUUUGAUGUCCUUAUUUGCCUUCUGGUGCUGUUCGGCCUGAUACGCAACUCUAGAGGCACUCUGAUUGGAGUGUGUCUGCUUGGGGUUUUGACUCUGAUAAUCAGCUGGGGGUCUCUGGGCCUGGAACUGGCUGUCGCUGCUUCAGCCAGCGACUUCUGUGUUUCCCCGGAUACCUACAUCACCAGGGUUACCAAGGAAAAUGCCGUCAUCAACCAAGAUAUCCUGCAGUAUUAUCUGAGGUGCAGCUCUGGCCAAAUUAACCCAUUCCAGCAGAGGCUGUCAGGGAGUCACAAAGCAUUGGUAGAGAUGCAGGAUGAUGUGGCAGAGCUACUGAGAUCAGCAGCACGUGAUUAUGCCAACACCAAGGGGAGUCUUGAGCAAAUCCAGUCUGUGCUCAAUUCCACUGAGGUCGGCCUUCACCAGCUGACCGCUUUGGUGGACUGUCGCAGCCUACACAUGGACUACGUCCAGGCUCUGACCGGGCUCUGUUAUGAUGGUGUGGAAGGUGUCAUCUACCUGGUUCUCUUCUCUUUUGUCACUGCUCUGAUGUUCUCCUCCAUUGUGUGCAGCGUGCCACACACCUGGCCUGGCAAGAGGACGGAUGAGGAAGACGGAGAGGACGAGUCGGGUGCCUCACGGGGCGGUGUGCACGAUAACCUGUACCGUGUUCACAUGCCCAGUCUCUACAGCUGUGGCUCCAGCUACGGUAGUGAAGCUAGCCUGCCCGCUACAGCCCACACUGUCAGCAAUGCCCCCGUCACUGAAUACAUGAGCCAGAACGCAAACUUUCAGAACCCUCGGUGUGAGAACACCCCCCUGAUUGGCAGGGAGUCCCCUCCACCCUCUUACACCUCUAGUAUGAGGGCAAAGUACCUGGCAACCAACCGACCAGACCAGAACCGACGCUCUGUACCCAACGACCAACUGGACCCUGCCAGCCGACCUCACCCCACUGCCCGUCCACAGUCCUCAGUCCACUAGAGACCAGGGUCCCACCAGUUCAUCCCAGUACUGCCUAAAUCAAGUUCUUGAAGCCAAUACACAAGGUCCAACUCAACAAAGAUGAGAGUAUCAAGCAACACACAGUUUGUCAACAUACAACACAGGACUCAUCAACCUAACGCCUCAGCAAGGGACUACACUUUGAUGGUCCAACUCUACUUCUCAACCACAUUUAUCAGAAGAAAAAAAAAGACAGAAGAAAUUCAAUUUCUUCUCCUCAUCCUACCCACAAUGCACUGCGGGUAGAGCGCCUUGGCUCCGCCUCGAGUUUCUUUUUCUCCUCAAUGCUCAUCUCGUCCACUGGGAUCCGCAAACUGCCCUCAAAUGGAGAUAGUCACUCCCACCACUCAAUCCCCUGUACUAUUCAGACCACCACACGCUGACACAAACAAGAUCACACACACACACACACACACACACACACACACACACACACACACACACACACACUGUACAGAGCUGUAAAUAGUAAACAUGUUCUUUACUCUGAUAUCAUAAAAAGUAGACUGUUGAAUCAUUACUGGUGAUGUGGUGAGCUGUGUGUUUAUCAUGGAAACCUUUGCUGUAUCUCUUAUACACACACAAACACACACACACACACAGGCGACCACACAUCUGUAUAAUUAACAAGCCAGUGAAUCAGAAAGCCAUGUUUAGAUAAAAAAGUUACCACCACAUACACAUUCUCUAUAGCCUAACUUUGUGGUCGAACUAAGACUUGAAUUGUGAGCUUGAAAAGUUUGCCCACAUGUUUCUUCAUAAUUGUUUAGGCGCACAUGCAGUACAUGAGUCGAUAAACACAUUUCCAACAAGAGCCAGGAAUCCUGAAGUGGACUGUGGGAACCAAGUGAGAGAUAAAGGGCAUAAGAAGGCUCAACCUGUGCCAAAAAACUCUAAAAAACUGUGAGAUGCCUGAUUCUGUCCUCGUCUCCUACUCCAAUGUCUCAGAAAAGGGAAAAAAAUACUGACUUGGAAUGUUUCCCUCAGACUGUAACCGGAAAAGACACUUGAAACAGGAAAACGAUGGACAGAAGUGGAAUAAGACUCACUAGAAAUAUUGCGACUACACAUUUUGCAAGGUGCUAAAUAAGCCAGUUGAGGUCCAUUGAGAUGAUCAGGUCUGAGGAGAGCAGAUUUUCUUUUGUUACCUUAAUGUUUUGUUUUCAUUCAGGGAUGUAAUCAGAUGAAGGAAAAGACGUAAUCAAUCCUUAAUGGAAAAUUUGUGCAGAAAACUGUAGAAAAAAAUUAAUGUCCCUGGUAUAUAAUGUUACAUAAAAGUGUUACAGGGAAAGUCAAGUAAGAGGAGGUUUUUUUUUUUUUACGUUUUAUCAUAAGCUGGAAUUCGGGAUGUGAAACUGUGACAAACUGUAGUGUUUUGUUUUUAUUAUUUACUUCCUGUGUUUUUUUUUUUUUUUCAAAUGGUGGCCUCUGAUUGACCCGAAGCCACUAUUUCAUUUGUUUCUAUUAUUUUUUUAUUUUUUUAACCCACAAGCACAAUUUCUCCUCAAGGUGACUCUGCACGAUGGAGAAGUAAAAACACACUGCCUGGGACACUGCCGGUGGAUUUUUUUUCCUCCCGCUAUAAAGCUCUCUGUACAGUGUAUAAAAACUGUAUCCGUGAACCUGUGUGUGUGUGACAUCACUGCAGCCUGAUUGGCUAUUGCUCUAUCUCAGUGUUACUGUGUGUAAGUACAGUGGUCAGUGUGUCUGACUGGCAGCAAGCAAGGGCCAGCCUAUCUAGCCUGAGUCAAUACAACACAGAUGUUACGCAUGCUCUCAUACACGCAUAUUAUAAUACACACAAAUACACACACACACACACAAACACACCUGCUGUACAGGCAUCUUCGUUAAAAACACACACAUGAUCUCAUCCAAAAUACAUCUUUUACAACUUUUUACCUGUUUACAUUCACUUCUAGAGAGGUAGUAACUACAAGCCCCUUACUCAACUGUGACAUCACACUGGUAUCUGUUUGCAUUCUGGGUGAUGUAGUAUGUAGAGGCAUCGUUUCAGAAAAACCUGGAAUGUAGAAAUUAGCACAUUCUCUCAAACACAUGUCAACCACCCAUUCCUGUACAGCAUUUUAAUAUGUUACUAUUAAUAAUCAAUGACCACUUCUCGUAUUAGCGAGACAAUCUUACCUGUGUGAUUAUACUAGAAAGAAAAUGUCCAUGUUAUGGUAACAAUGCUACCUAUGGUCUAGAACUUUACAGUGUUUUUUUUUGCAACGUCGAUGGAAACAAUGUUAAGAUCUGUGGGACUAGUCACUGAUUAAUGGCCUUUCAUAAUGUUUUUAAACUCUUACAACACUUCAUAUCGCAACAUGUUUUUUUAUUUUUCUCUGUCUUGUAAAAAUCAAACUUUAAAGAUAAAAUAAUAGCUAGCUGUUUUGUAGGAGAAUAAAGGCAAGGGCAGCGUUUUUCCUCUCUUAUUAAUGGUGAAUGACUCUGUCUUGCAAUGUUUUAAUAAGACUAUUCCAGUGUCGUCUGCACACCUGACUUAAGAGGUUGUAUUUUAAAUCCUGUGCAAUGAAUUCUGGGAUGAAACCCAUCGGAUGCAGUGUGUCUUAAAUUACAGCAACACUCAAGUUUAAGGGUAAGUCAUGUUUUUGCGUGUAUAUGUGGUAUUACAGGACUUCCAAUACACCUUGGUCCAGAUGUGUCAGACAAACAAUGUUUUUUAUGGCUGUUUUUAUUUUCUGAUGAAUUAACUAAGAUAUUAAUGAUGUACAUGUCAAAACUGUGGUUAUGAUAUCAUUCUGGAAUAAAUGUUUUAAAAAAAGGAAUUAAAGCAACUUUAACAUA